UCGCUGCUUCCCCCAGGCCCUGCAUGUGUGGUACGUAAUGGAAAAAUCUAAGUAACUUAAAUCUACUUUCAGCCCCCCUUGCCCUCUCGGACAGACUCCCUUACCCACUGGACGUUGCUCUAAGGACCACCACACGCAAAUAGGAAAAGAAAAUAGGGUCAUCACAUCAUGAGCUAAAUGGGCAUUUGAUGAUCCAGCUUCAGCAAUAACUGCUCAACACCAGGAGUGAUGGCGCGGAGCACCAUGUAGUGAGUGGCAGACUGAGGGAGGACAGCCAGCCAGCCAGGACAGCCAGGACAGCCAGAAUGGGCCAGAACACCUGGAGCGGAGCCGGAGCAGGAGCCGGACCAGCAGCCGGAGCCGCUCAGCCGCCGUGCUGAAUGCCGAAAGCGGGUCGCAUCGUAUCCCAUCGCUCGGAGCAAGCAGCAGCUGAACGCCCGUUCUCCUUUCUCUCUUCUUCCUCUUCUUCUCCUUCUUCUACUUCUUCUCCGCGAUACGACGGACGGACAGACAGAGUCUCGUGCCGCUCAGCAUCACCCUCCUGAAGCCACCUGGAGGAAACCUGCCUGCCUGCCCGUCCGCUUGCCGGAGCCUCUGACUGCACUGCCUCCGCUGACUGCCUGACUGGCUACAGUACCUGUUUUUUUCCCGGCUUGUUCGAAGGCAUCUGUUACCACAGAGCGGAAUAGAUUUUUUUUCCUCUUCCCCCCUCUCUAUCGCUCUCUCUCUUUCUCUCUCUCUCUGCCUCCUUGCACAGAUUCUCUAUGUCAUUCUCUCUACGGCUUCUCUUUUUUUCCUUUUCUCCUUCUCUCUCUAUCCAUCCUCUCUGUCUCUUCUUCCCUCUACCUCUCUCUGUCUGUCUCUCUUAGUGUCUCCCCUAGUGAUUGGAGCCACUCGAAAUUCACCAGCCACGUUGCCGGUCCACUACUGCUGCUGGUGGUAGCGGUGGCACUUGGAAUAGUGGCGGCAGUGCCGGCAACCCAUUUUCUUGUUCGCCGUGCGUCGUCAGUCGCCCCCGUUUCCUCCCUGUACAUUUUUGUCAAAGAAAAAAAAAACGACAGACUAUUCUCAGCUCGUCCGAGCACUUUUCGCCAACUGAUAAUAAGCAAUAAAUAACUCUUGAGAGACUUGAGGGAGUAAAAAACAAACUGCCACUAUGGGGGACAUGACCAACAGCGAUUUCUACUCCAAGAACCAAAGCAACGAGGGCAACCAUGCGGCGGCCGGGAGCUUCGGCUGCACGGUGGAGGACCUGCGCAACCUCAUGGAGCUGCGGGGCAACGAGGCCAUCGUCAAGAUCCAGGAGGACUACGGAGGGGUGGAGGGACUCUGCCAGAGGCUCCAGACCUCGCCCACCGAGGGAUUGGAAGGCGUUGCGCCUGACCUAGCCAAGAGGAGAGAAGUCUACGGGCAGAAUCUUAUACCUCCAAAGAAGCCAAAAACGUUCAUGCAGCUAGUAUGGGAAGCCCUUCAGGACGUGACCCUGAUCAUCCUGGAGCUCGCCGCCAUGAUCUCGCUCGGCCUGUCCUUCUACCAGCCUCCAGGGGAGGGCAGCGAGGGCUGUGGGGCGGCAGCCGCGGGUGCGGAGGACGAGGGCGAGGCGGAGGCGGGCUGGAUCGAGGGUGCCGCCAUCUUGCUGUCGGUGGUGUGCGUGGUGCUGGUGACGGCGUUCAACGACUGGAGCAAGGAGAAGCAGUUCAGGGGCCUGCAGAGCCGCAUCGAGCAGGAGCAGAAGUUCCAGGUGGUGAGGGGCAGCCAGGUCAUCCAGCUGCCCGUCGCAGACAUCGUGGUGGGGGACAUCGCCCAGAUCAAAUACGGUGACCUACUUCCUGCUGAUGGAGUCUUGAUACAGGGCAACGACCUGAAGAUCGACGAGAGCUCCCUGACUGGAGAGUCGGACCACGUGCGGAAAGCUGCAGACAAGGACCCCAUGCUUCUGUCUGGUACCCAUGUGAUGGAGGGCUCAGGACGGAUGGUGGUGACUGCGGUCGGAGUGAACUCCCAGACGGGCAUCAUCUUUACCCUACUGGGGGCUGGAGAGGGGGAGGAGGAGAAGAAGGAGAAGAAAGGUCAGGCCAUGGAGGAUGGUCAACAGCUGGCAGACUGCUCCCAUCCCUCCUCCCACCCCAUCGCAACUAUAGCAACCGAUGGUGCUGCAGGUGCAAAUGCCCCUGGUAACGCCAGCCUAGUCAAUGGUAAAAUGCAGGAUGGGAAUGCAGAGAACAACCAGACAAAAGUGAAGAAGCAAGAUGGGGCUGCUGCAAUGGAGAUGCAACCUCUCAAGAGUGCUGAGGGAGGAGAGACGGACGAGCGGGAGAAGAAAAAGGCCAACGUUUCCAAGAAGGAGAAGUCCGUCCUGCAGGGCAAACUCACCAAGCUGGCCGUGCAGAUCGGAAAAGCUGGUCUGCUGAUGUCGGCCAUCACAGUCAUCAUCCUGGUGCUGUACUUCGCCAUCGACAACUUUGUGCUGCAGAAGCGUCUGUGGCUGCCCGAGUGCACGCCCGUCUACAUCCAGUACUUUGUCAAGUUCUUCAUCAUCGGUGUCACCGUGCUGGUGGUGGCUGUGCCUGAGGGUCUGCCCCUGGCUGUCACCAUCUCCCUGGCCUACUCAGUCAAGAAAAUGAUGAAGGACAACAACCUGGUGAGGCACUUGGACGCCUGUGAGACCAUGGGCAACGCCACUGCCAUCUGCUCCGACAAGACGGGCACGCUGACCACCAACCGGAUGACGGCUGUGCAGUGCUAUGUUGGCGACGUCCAUUACAAAGUGAUACCGGACCCGAGCGCCAUCAAUGCGAAAACACUGGACUGCCUGGUCAAUGCUAUAUCUAUCAACAGUGCAUACACAACCAAGAUUCUGCCGCCAGACAAGGAGGGCGGCCUGCCCAAGCAGGUGGGCAACAAGACGGAGUGCGGCCUGCUGGGCCUGGUGCUGGAGCUGAAGAGGGACUACCAGACCAUCCGCAACCAGCUGCCCGAGGAGAAGCUCUACAAGGUCUACACCUUCAACUCCGUCCGCAAGUCCAUGAGCACCGUCAUCAAGCUGCCCGACGGGAGCUUCCGCAUGUACAGCAAGGGCGCCUCCGAGAUCGUGCUCAAGAAGUGUUCCCGUAUCCUGAGUGACGUUGGGGAGGCGCGUGUCUUCAGGCCGCGUGACCGGGACGAGAUGGUGAAGAAGGUGAUUGAGCCCAUGGCCUGUGACGGCCUGCGCACCAUCUGCGUUGGCUACCGCGACUUCCCCGCCGACCCCGAACCCAACUGGGAGGAAGAGAACAACAUUCUGAGCGACCUGACGGCAGUCUGCGUGGUUGGCAUUGAGGACCCUGUUCGACCAGAGGUGCCCGAUGCCAUCCAGAAGUGCCAGCGUGCGGGCAUCACCGUACGCAUGGUCACUGGUGACAACAUCAACACGGCUCGCGCCAUCGCCAUCAAGUGUGGCAUCAUCCACCCGGGAGAGGACUUCCUCUGUAUCGACGGGAAAGAGUUUAACAGGAGGAUCCGCAAUGAGAAGGGAGAGGUGGAGCAGGAGCGCAUUGAUAAGGUGUGGCCCAAGUUGCGCGUGCUUGCCAGGUCCUCCCCCACGGACAAGCACACACUGGUCAAAGGAAUCAUUGACAGUACACUGGUAGACCAGAGGCAGGUAGUCGCGGUAACUGGAGAUGGAACCAACGAUGGGCCUGCUCUGAAGAAGGCAGACGUGGGCUUUGCCAUGGGCAUCGCGGGUACGGACGUGGCCAAGGAAGCAUCGGACAUCAUCCUGACGGACGACAACUUCAGUAGCAUCGUGAAGGCGGUGAUGUGGGGGCGCAACGUCUACGACAGCAUCUCCAAGUUCCUGCAGUUCCAGCUCACUGUCAACGUGGUGGCCGUCAUUGUGGCCUUCACCGGAGCCUGCAUCACACAGGACUCUCCCCUGAAGGCGGUGCAGAUGUUGUGGGUGAACCUGAUCAUGGACACCUUUGCGUCUCUGGCCCUGGCUACCGAGCCGCCCACCGAGUCUCUGCUGAUGAGGAAGCCAUAUGGCCGCGACAAGCCACUCAUCUCCAGCACCAUGACCAAGAACAUCCUGGGACACGGAGUCUACCAGCUCACCAUCAUCUUCACGCUGCUAUUUGUGGGUGAACAAAUCUUUGACAUUGAUAGCGGCCGCAACGCCCCGCUGCACUCCCCUCCCUCCGAGCACUACACCAUCAUCUUCAACACCUUCGUCAUGAUGCAGCUCUUCAACGAGAUCAACGCCCGCAAGAUCCACGGGGAGAGGAACGUCUUCGAUGGAAUCUUCAGAAACCCGAUCUUCUGCUCUAUCGUACUGGGCACCUUUGCCAUUCAGAUUGUGAUCGUGCAGUUUGGUGGGAAGCCUUUCAGCUGCUCCCCGCUGGACCUGGAGAAGUGGAUGUGGUGUGUCUUCCUGGGACUGGGAGAGCUGGUCUGGGGUCAGGUGAUUUCCACGAUCCCGAACAGCAAGCUGAGGUUCCUGAGGAGAGCUGGUCAGCUGACAAAGAAGGACGAGAUGCCAGAGGAGGACAUGAAUGAGGACAAUGAGGAGAUCGAUCAUGCCGAGAGGGAGCUGCGCCGCGGACAGAUCCUCUGGUUCCGCGGCCUCAACCGCAUCCAGACUCAGAUCGAAGUAGUGAACACGUUCAAGAGCGGGACUUCAUUUCAGGGCGCCCUGAGGCGGCAGUCCUCCACCACCAGCCAGAAUCAGGAUGUAACCAAUGUUUCUAGCCCUAGCCAUGUGUCCCUGUCCAAUGCCCUUUCCUCUCCUACCAGCACCACUGCGGUUCCUGCUGGCCAGUGCUAGGAGCCAUGGCGUACUGGCCACGUCCUAAGGAGUGAAUUUCAG